AUGAGUUCUGACGGCGAGAAGGCCCGCACCUCCGGUGAGGUUGCGCGCGAGCAGACCCUACCGACCGUCAACCCGGACACUGAGAAGUCCGAGCCUCCCCAGGCCACUUUCCACCCGGCCGUCUAUGUAGCUACCUGGAUCUCCCUGAGUUCCGGUGUCAUCCUGUUCAACAAGCACCUUCUCGACUAUGCCAACUUCCGUUUCCCAAUUGUCCUGACAACAUGGCACUUGACCUUUGCGACCAUCAUGACCCAGAUUCUCGCCCGCACCACCACAAUCCUCGAUGGCCGCAAGAAUGUCAAGAUGACUGGCCGUGUCUACCUCCGUGCCAUCGCCCCCAUUGGUGUCAUGUUCAGUCUGAGUUUGAUCUGCGGUAACAUGACUUAUCUCUAUUUGAGUGUUGCGUUCAUCCAAAUGCUCAAGGCUACCACCCCCGUCGCCGUCCUGAUUGCUACCUGGGUCAUGGGUAUUGCGCCGGUCAACUACAAGACUCUUCUCAAUGUCUCGGUGAUUGUCAUUGGUGUGAUCAUUGCUUCGUUCGGUGAGAUCAAGUUCGUCAUGGUCGGCUUCCUGUUCCAGCUGGGUGGUAUUGUCUUCGAGGCCACCCGUCUGGUCAUGGUGCAGCGCCUGCUCAGUUCCGCCGAUUUCAAGAUGGACCCCAUGGUCUCUCUGUACUAUUUCGCUCCCAUUUGUGCUGUCAUGAACGGUGCCGUGGCUCUGUUCCUCGAGUUUCCCCGUCUGACUAUGGACCACAUCUACGGCGUGGGUGUCACCACUCUACUUGCCAACGCGGUGGUUGCUUUCCUGCUGAACGUUUCGGUGGUUUUCCUGAUCGGCAAGACUUCGUCUCUGGUCAUGACCCUGUGUGGUGUCCUCAAGGAUAUCCUGCUGGUGGCCGCCUCCAUGAUGAUCUGGGACACUCCCGUCACCGCCCUCCAGUUCUUUGGCUACUCCGUCUCCCUCAUUGGUCUGGUUUACUACAAGCUUGGUGGCGAGAAGAUUCGGGAAUACACUGGCCAGGCCCACCGUGCCUGGGCCGAGUAUGGCGCUAACCGCCCGGCCCAGCGCAAAUUUGUGGUUGUCGGUGCCACUGUCCUGGUCCUUAUUCUCUUUGUGGGCUCGAUGUCGCCCGGCUACGCUCCGGAGCGUGUCAAGGGCAUGCUGGGUGGUGCGGCCACCGGCAAUGCUUAA